AAGACACAAAACGGUGAUGCAUAUAUUAAGGUCGUUAACGUUUAUUAUGAUGUUUAUCUAAUCCCCCUAUGGUCACAUAUAGACCACUUAGGAAAAUGUAAACAAAGGUGGUCCAGCAAAAUGUCUUGUUUCAGUUUUUUUAACACAAAUAUUUGUACUAAAUACAACCAUCAUGGGUUUCCUUUGAGAACAUCUUAAGUGAUUCUGAAAAUUCAAAGCAUCAAACUGAUUUUAAUUGUAAAAUCAUUUUCGACAUGCCCACGUCCCGUUGCCGUUCUUGCCAGAUCCUGUCCUGAUCACGGGGGCAAAGUUCUCGCUCAGCCCAGUCUGUUAUGGCCUGGAGAAACAGAUCACAUGGCAAAUCUCACAUUCUUCAGGGUCUCAGCAGACAGUCAUCCAAACAAUCCUCCCAUGAUGCUCAGUAUGAGGGGUGGAGGCCCUGUGGAAUAUCAGCCGGCCUUGUCCUCUCAGAGCGCCCAUGUGAUUCUGUAUUCCUCAACUGGGCACUCUGAACCUCACCCUUAUGGCUUUCUUCAUCCUUAUUCAACAUUUGAAAAGUUUGAAGAUGAAAUUGUUCAUGGUGUCGCAAGCUCUCUUUAACCACCAUAAAUAUGAGCUGGAGUUUAGGACACAUAUGGCUGUGUAUGAUGAGAAUAUCCUGAAGAACCCUUUUUAUCUGGCUCUGGAAAAACACAGACCGGACCUGUGCAGCAAGGUGGCAGAACUUCGUGGAAUUAUUCUGGUACCGUGUCGUGGAAGUUUACCGGUCGGCACUUUUCCUGCAUCUCAGUUUGAUGGAUAUGUCCUUCAGCCUGCUGAGCAAGGUUACCAGACAUUAGAUGGAAAGGAAGUGUCUAUAGAAAAGAAUCAGGUGCGAUUGGAUGCAGGGUUUCCCAGUCCCAUUUCUGUCCCCAUCUUGUUUGAGGAGACUUUCUACAAUGAGAAAGAGCAGGCGUACAAUAUACUGUGUAUCUCACGGCCCCUUGACUCUGACCACAGCCCUGAAGAGGUAAGUUCGGUUUCUGCGACAUACUGUCUGAAGAAGAUUGAGGAUGUAAGAGAUUUUUUGGGCCGUCAUGCUGAAAAGCUGGACAAGUUUGUGGAAAUCUUCUGUCAGACCUUUAAAGAACAGGAGAGGAAGGGCCUUCGACAUCACAUAGACUCUGUAAAUACUCUUUACACAAAAUGUCUUCAGUGCCUGUUGAAAGACUCUCAUCUGAAGCUCCUGGCAAGACAAGAAAUACAGAUGACUCUACUCAAACAAGCAGUGGAGAUGUACAUUCAUCAUGGCAUCCAUGAUCUACUCUUUAGUUACGUGGGAACUCUUGAAGCUAGUCGGGAUGCAGCGUUCAACAAAAUGACGCGGUCGCUACAAGAUCUGCAACAGAAAGAGCUGGGUGUGAAGACAGAAUUCAGUCUAAAUAUCCCUCGAGCUAAGUGGGAGUUGAGUGAGCUGAACGCUUGUAAGUCUCCUCAGCAGAAGCUGCUGUGUCUCAAGAAGGUUAUUCUGACCAUCAUGCAGCCGAUCAGACGCAAUGAUGCAGCUGUUAACAUUGAGGCCAUGUGUGCCGAUGAUCUGCUGUUAGUCAUUCUCUAUCUGUUGGUCAAAACUGAGAUUCCUAACUGGAUGGCGAAUCUGAGUUAUAUCAAGAAUUUCCGCUUCUGUAACUCCUGUAAGGAUGAUCUGGGUUACUGUCUCACUUCAUUCGAGGCUGCUGUGGAGUACAUCAGUCAGGGCAACCUCAACCAGAGCACACUGGAUGCAGGAAACAGGAUGUCUUUCAGACAGAAGUUGGACCUGCUCUCCCAGAACGCUGCCACACCUAUAGACCAUCUGUUUGAGCACAUUGUGAGUGGUAAUGUGUCAGAGGUGCAGCGUUUGCUGUGUGAGAGUGAGAAUGAAGAGGACGGGAUGAAGAUGUGUCACCCGCUCUGCUCAUGUGAUGCCUGUGACCUCCGUAUCUCAGGGAGGUUAAACGAUCCGUCCAUAGUCACUCCGUUCUCUCGUGAUGACAGAGGUUACACUCCUCUUCACAUUGCUGCUAUUUGUGGUCAGUCUGCACUGAUCGAUCUUCUGGUUUUAAAGGGAGCCGUGGUGAACGCCACCGAUUAUCACGCCCUCACACCGCUGCACCUCUCCUGUCAGAAGGGUUUCCAGGGAGUCACGUUGCUGCUGUUGCAUUAUAAGGCGAACACAGACGCUCAGGACAUCAACGGCAACACUCCGCUUCACCUGGCCGGCAUGUACGGACAUGAGGAUUGUGUGAAGGCGCUGGUUUACUUCGACCUGCACGCGUGCCGGCUGAACGUUCAGAAUGAUAAAGGGGACACGCCGCUGCAUAUCGCCGCUCGCUGGGGUUAUGAGGGCAUCAUGGAGGUGCUGCUGGAGAACGGAGCAUCAACCCUCAUCCAUAACAAAGCCAAAGAGACGCCGAUGCACUGCGCUCUCAACUCAAAGAUUUUAUCGUUGCUGGAGCGCAGACGUAACGACUCCAGUAAAAUGGAAAGUGGAUUUGAGUCUCCGAGUCGAUCUCCACAGCCGUCCGACUGCAGCAGUAGACGCUCGUCUGUGUCCAGCGUGUCUUCACUGGAAAUAACAAUACCAGAAAUCGAACGCAUCAAACACAGAGAGAUCGAGAAGUUGUUAAGAGCAGUGGCUGAUGGAGAUGUGCAGAUGCUGCGUUAUCUUUUGGAAUGGGUGGAUGAAGAGCCAGAGGAGGAGGAAGUUGAGGUUUCAGCUAAGACAGAGCUGUGCCAUCCGCUCUGCCAGUGUGCCGACUGUGAGCCUACGCAAAAGAAAAUAUCCGGCGUGCAGCAGGAUGGUGUGGGUGUGAACAGCAGUAGUGUUGACGGCUUCACUCCGCUUCAUGUGGCAGCGCUGCACGGGCACACAGCUCUGGUAUCUCUACUCACCCGUCACGGUGCCAACAUCAACGCUCGCAACAAUCAGAGCGCCACUCCACUGCACCUGGCAUGCCAGAACACCCACAUACAGGUGGUGUCUGCCCUGCUGGAGUGUAACGCCAAACUGAAUAAGAAAGAUCAUUACGGGAACACACCGCUGAUUCACGCCUGCCUAAAGGGACAUGUGGAGAUAGCCAGCGUCCUGCUGGAGAGCGGUGCGUUGGUGAAUGUGGUUAAUAAUCACGGUAACACUGGUCUUCAUGAGGCCGUGAGGGGGGGACACGUCCAGCUGGUGGAGCUGUUACUGCACAGAGGAGCUCUGGUACACAUACGCAACAAGAGACAGAGAACCGCCCUCGACUGCGCACACGACACCGGCGGCAAGAACACCGAGAUUCAGAGGCUUCUGCAGAAAGCGUGUGCUGAGACUGUUGAGUCUAACCUGAUCAAAUCACACUCCGCAGGGCCAGAGAGGAUUGUGGAAAUGCAAAGAAGUAAAAGACAUCAGAGUCCUGAUGGUGGCGGUGGCAAGAUAACUGACGCUAAACAAAGAUCUCAGAAAAGGCCUGACAGAGCUGCCACCACCACAGGCGCAGUAGAUCAGACUGACAGACGGAGACUGAUGAGAGGAGAAACGAUAGACAGCAGCGCUCCGUUCUGUCAUUCUCAGACGCAGCACGACCCAUCAGGCAUGCACUCGCCACAUGCCAAGACCAAGAGCCUGACCCGCUGUCACACCAUCAGUCAGGACCUGACCCGCCACUCGCUUCAGACCCCAGAACACAUCUCCACUGCAGACCAGACAGAUGAGUUGAAUGAACUUCAGGGGUCUACCGACUCCCUCGAACCCACACCUGACCUCGAGCGGGAGACCAGGGGCUCAGCAUCAGGGCGGGAUGAGGAGAAGGAAGACGCUCUGCGCAGAGGAAGUGAUGUGGAUUCGGCCUCUACAGAGAUGGACAGUGUUGUGUUGUGAUUCACAAAGACUCAUGCUGUACGGUUAGCUUUUAGUUGCCAUGGCUACAGUGUCUAAACGUUAUUAACUUAAAUAUGCAGAACAAGAGAGUGGCAUUAUGGCUUUCCUCAUGUCUCUGGUUUACAAUAUAAACAUCGGUUUUAGAGAUUUUAGGGUUCAGAGUUAAGCUCCACAUUAAGAAGUGAAAAUGAACUUUUUGGUCGUUUUGAAAAGAAAAUGAAAAAGCUUUUUGCACGUGUGUACAUGAUAAAAGAAGCAACAAAAACAGGGAUGAAAUGCAUUUCGAGGUGACCCUUUAAGAUGAGAACCAGCUUGAAAUUAAGGAUUUGUUACUGACACGUAUAAAGGGAGACAUUCAGGAUGACUUAUGCACAAAAAUGAUGGACCAUUUUUUUAUUGCACUUUUUUCUGUUAACAAAGGGACAGUUAGGUAUGAAAUUGCUUGGUAGCAUCAAAUUUGUUUUAUUUUUUUGCAUAGAUUUAAAAUCUGUAUUACAUCAUGGUGUUCAUCACAAAGGCAAACUUUUACUAGUCACUUUGUCAUUUUUUUCCUUUUUUUGUCUUACGACAUUUUUCUUUUAUGUUUUAGGUCCUGUUGUGUGUGAAUAUCCUCUCUAAAUCAGACAAAAAAAAUACUUUUUAAUAUCCCGACCAGUUUAAUAAUAAAUGUUUAGGUUUGCAAGUGUAAUCUAUCUGUGACCAGCAGGGGGCAGUGUUUCAUCCGCAGCUCUAACGCACUUUACGCACCUGCAACAUUUGUUUGGUUUGUGCGCAUAAAACUUGAUUUACAGUCCGCUCACUUUACAUUGUCCCACAUUGCGUCUCUCUUAAUCCAGUUGUGGGCGUAGGUUAGCAUGAAUGCUGGACAUGAACGUGUUAAAUGCCUGAACGUAAAACAGAGCUGGCAUGUCUUUGAAUGUAUGUGUUCAUUUCGGCAUGGGCUUGCUGUGACCGAUCCGGAAAACUAGAGAGGAGUUAUUUUUGUACAAUUGCAUUUCAGUGUCGUUUUGUGUGACAAUGCGGUAAAUGUGCCUUAUUUCAUUUGUGCCAAAUAAUCUAUAAUAAACCCCUACGAGAACAAAAAUAGUCUGUAAUAUUGUUUGAUAUCAC